AUGCAAAUACAGAAUAACCGUGAGGCACUAAGACCUCCCCCUCUCAACCCACCAUCGCCCGUAUCGGACGAGCGUAAAGCUAUCCUGUCUAUGCUUCACGAUGCGGUCCGAGUUGUUAGAUCUGUGGAAGUGAACGACUCAAAAGAUAUACGGACAUUAUGGUCUUUAGCCCAGGAGAGCAAUCUCAGAAGUGAAUUCCACAGGCGUUAUAACUGUGCCCUUUUCUAUGACCGCUUCGAACCUCUCGAAACUAGGGAUUCUGGAACUCUAGCAAGUAGUCACGGUAUCGAUGAGGAGACGUUCCAGGAGAUGAGAAAGGCUCAGCCGAAAAACCGGUUCUGGAGCAUUUUACGCGAUCUUGCGGACGAAUCUAAUCUCCAAAAUCAUAAGGAUGCUCUGCUUUGCAUUCCAGUACACCACUCAACACUUAGGACCGACAAGGCUCGAUCUACUACGAUUAAAGACAUUAAGGAACGUCUCCAGAAUGAUCACGAUCCACUAAAGGGAUACCUACAAGCAGCAAUAAGACUUUGUGAUGCUAUUCUUAAGCUCCAGCUUCCAUCAUACCCUCUCAUGAUCGAGAACUUCAGGAGCAAGUCCUGGGAUCCAUUAACGGAUGAUCUCUAUAAGGCGUUGUUAAGUUUAGAACGGCACCCCAGGAUACCCCUACCAAGCCUAAUUGUAGACCGUUAAAGAGGACUGGGAAAGACGGGUCAUAUGACAGCCUAGAUAGUGAAGCUACAGUACGCCGCUGAUAAUUCGUACAAUACUGGGCCGUAUCUAGGAAUGAUGUGGUUUGCGAGAUUCUUGGACAUUACAUUGUGCCUCGCCCAGUUUUUUUUUCCAGAUGUGGAAAAUCGCCCCCGUUGCGCGUCAAUGU